AGUGAAACGUCGGAGGGAAAGAAAAAUAGUGAAAUAUAUAUUCUUCUGAAAGAGGACAAUAAAUAAAAAACUGUUCCAAAAAAUCUCUCGCCAUUGAAGACCAGUGAGUGCAGUUCGCAGAACAGGAAGGCCGGACGAAAGGACGCCUUUUAAUGCUACGUGUGAAGUAAUUUUCGUUGGCUGAUCGUGGUCCGGUGUAGUGCUCGACGCGGCGACGAAACGGAACAAGCCGAGGUUGUGGUGUUCGCGAGAAGGCAAAAACGCGCGCGCGCGUGCGUUCUCUUUCCCCGGCGCGGCUAGUUAGUUCGCCAGCUGUCCGCACGGCAGCGCUAGUGGCGCCGUCGCCACCGCCAACCCGGGUUCGAAGGCGAGCGCUAGCCUGCCGCCAGUCAUGCAGCAAGCGCCGCUUCAGCGGUAGUUGCCAACGCUGUCGUCGUCAAGUGUUCUUCAGUGGGUGUCGCUGUCGUUUCGUUUCACGAAUACAACAGUUCUAAUUUUCAACCGGGUGCGAUGUCCAAAAAACAUCUUCGUGUUUGAUGCGCCCACGGCGACAUCGUUUCUUUUCUUUAUGAACGCCAAACGUUGUGUGUUACAUUUUGCAAAGUGGUUAUUAAUAUUAUUUUUUAUAGUGUCAACGAUCAGCAUGAAGAAGUCUACUUACACGUAGAAUUUGGAAUACGGACACGUUGACUUAAAGGCAUCUCUAAAGAAAUUUUCUUCUAGGCGAGGCAGGUGGUGCCGCCGCAGAUGCAGAUGGAGUACAGCUCGCUGGUGCCGCAGUACUCUGCGCCCAGCUCCGUGUCCUCGGCGUCGGGCAGCUGCGAGGGCCGCGCCUCGCGCCUGCGCGCCGUGAGGCUGUCCCGGCGCGCCGCAGAGGACGCCGUGGGCCGCCCGCCCUCCUUCGGCUUCUCCCUGCGCGGCGGGCGCGAGCACGGCACCGGCUUCUUCGUGUCGGCCGUCGAGCCGGGCUCCGAGGCGCACUGCCGCGGCCUCAGGGUUGGUGAUCAAAUAGUCCGCCUGAAUGGAUUUCCUUUGGAGGAUGCGAUUCACAGGGAGGUCUUGCAGCUAAUCCAAAAUCAAAACUUCCUCACGCUGAAAGUCAGAACUGUUGGAAUGAUCCCGGUUAAAGACAAGCGGAGUGACCCUCUGACGUGGCGCGUGGUGGAAGAGGACGACACGCCCCCCACACGGCCCCCCUCGGAGAGCAGCGCGCCGUGCCAGGACGACCACCACCGCGAUGUGCGCCUCCUGCUCACCGUGCCGCCCCGAUCCAAGCUGGGCUGUGGGAUCUGCAAAGGCCCGGACUGGAAACCAGGGAUAUUUGUCCAGUUCACCAAAGACAACGGGAUCGCCAAAGAGGUUGGACUCAGGCCCGGCGAUCAGGUACUGCAGUGUAACGGCAUCACGUUCCGGGACAUCACCUUCAGCGAUGCGGUGCACGUGCUGAAGUCGUCCCGCCAGCUGGACCUGGUGAUCCGCAAGGGCGCCGGCCUCGACCUCUUCCCGGGCGAGUCGUCGGGCUACAACAGCUCGGCCAGCAGCGUCAACGGGGACCAGAGCCCCAGCUGGGAGGACACCAAGAGGCUCUCCGUGGUCAAGGAGGAGUCCAUGGAGCUGGAGGAGCGGUUGGGGCAGCUGGAGACGGCGAGGGGUGGCACCCUGGACAAGGACAAGCAGUGGGACCAGAUCGAGUACGAGUGGAACAAGGCGGAGAGGACGGAGGACGCGAGGAGGAUCGGCAGCACCUUGCGAAGCACCACCAGCACCCUGAAGCCUUCCGGCGCGUCGUGCACCAUGAUAAGGGUGGAAGAGAACGACGCGGCCACCACAAACGGAGAGACGAAAGACGUAAACGAGAGCGUCGGCUGGGCGGAGAUCCGCCUGGUCUCGCAGCAGCAGGAGACCACCACCGUCGUGGUCGAGGUGCACCGCAGCGAGGAGGGCGCCGCCCCCGAAGAGGGCAGGGGGAGCGACGCCAGCCCCCAGCAGCUCAGGUUCUCCCGGCCGCCCGCGCCCCCGGAGGAGAGCAAGUGCACGAACCUGUCGAAGAGUCCCUCCAGCAGCUCGUUCGCGAGCCUCGCGAGCAGUGCCGCCAGCAGCAGUCUCAGCAGUGCCAUAAGCCAGGAGCUCCUCAGGAGAUCUCAGAAACGUGAGGAAGACAGUACGCAAAAGGGAGACGACUGUAAGAAAGAAAUACUGAAGAGGAUAAACAAUGAGAAACGACAGCAACAUGAGCAGCUGAUGGAAGAGUUCAAGAGGGCGCACCGCAAGAUGUUUGCUCACGCGGUGCCAGCCCAGGUGGUGAGCGAGGACAGCGCGGAUGGCAGCGAACAGGACCGAGAGUCCCCAGACCACAGGAGGCGUGAGAAUGUGCCCCCUGCCGUUGGUUCGGCCGAGCAGGCGCCCGUGGAAGCCGCGAAGGAGCGAGAGCUGAGGCCGAGCAAGGUGCAGGAGACUGCGACCACGGAGAGGGACAAGAAGAGCAGUCUGUGCCAGCCCCCACCGCCCCCUCCGCCACCGCCACCGAUGCCUGCGGACGAAGGUGAUUCGACGCCGAAGAGGCCCGUGCCGCUUCCAAACGGAAACGCUUCUCCCCCGAGUUGCCCGACCCCGGACUACGACACGGCGAGCACGAGGUCGUCCAGCUCGUACUCCCCCACCCCCUCGCUCGCGGGCGGGGGGGUGGGCGGCCCCCAUCCCCCGCCCCCGCCCGCGGCCAGGCCGGCUGCCGGGGGCCGAGGGGGGGAGGGCGGCAGGGUCCCGGACAGUGUGGAGAUGGAGAGCCUGGAGUCGUUCACGCUCAACAACCCGGCGCUGCCCGACCCCAAGCCCCCGUCCACGUACUUCUCCAGCCUGAAGGCCAGGAAGGACUCCCAGAGCUCGAGCUUUCUCUCCAGUUCCAGUUCAACACCGCUGUCUUCCAAGGAUUCCUCGCUGAAGAGAACCAGCCCGAAGGCACGUCCCGUUUCGGUCACCAUCGGGGAAUACCCUUCGGGCAUGGAGCGGAAGAUGCCGUCCAAGUUCAAUUUCCUGUCUGGCUCCACCGCGGACGUCAGCAGGGCGACCUUGAACCCGGCGAGCGGCGGCGCACCAAUAACCAGUCAGCUGCAGUCGGAGUUGGUUCAGACUCUGUCCAGAUCGAACCUCAGGAAGAGGACCGAACGACUGGAAAAUUUAAAGGGCUCGACAGAAACUACCAACGGAACUGUAAUCAUCCCAGUGAAUUCUCAGCCAUCUGUGAAAAGCAACUCUCUCUCUUGCAAUACAACUUCAGCUGCCUUACUGAGCUCUUCAGGGAGUUUGCAAAUGAAUCACGUCCCCAGUAAAAAGCCAAUCGUUACCUCCAACAGCAAGCCUUGCAAUAUCUUCCAAAUGCUUCCAGACAACAAGAGUCACAUAUCAUCCUCUGCAAAACCUGCAAUUCGAGAUGCUGCUGAGAAAAUAGCAAACACUUUUGCAAAUAACAACCGACUGACUAUCAAAGUGGCAAAUGGCACUGCAAAUACCACAGCAGUGAAUAAACAGAAAGAUGCCAUUGUGGAUUCUAAAACAAAAGAGAACAUCAAUGAAACCCCAGUGCACCCAAAUGGAAUUCUAAAGAAUGGUACAAAUUUUGCUUGGCAAAACUCAAAGCAGCCGCAUGCAACGAUUGUUCAUCAAAAGAGCAUCACUUUUGGGAAGAAGACAACCAUAAUAAGUGAUGUAGCUGUGUCCGAAAAUUGACACCAAGAUCAAGCGCGUGUUUUUAGCUACAAAGAGUGCACAAUAUUCUUCACGAUUCUUCUCACCCACCGUUACAGUUAGCUGUCGAAGCUGACUUUAUUUUGAAAGCUUUUUACAUGCAUUUUUUGCUUUUUUCAUCUUUGCAUUUGUAUGUAUUUAUGUAUUUAACAUUUGUAAAGAAAGUCUGUUUAAUUGUAUUGUAGCUUCUGGUUUGUUUUAAGAUUCCUAAUGAUAGCAGACAUAAUGUUUACAAUUUUUAUAUCGGGUAUAUGUUUCUGUGUCUUAAUUUGUGUUGUUUUUAAAUGAAAAAAUAUUUUUGAAAUAUUGUUUUGAAGUUGCAGCUUUAAAAAUUGGACAGAAAACUAUUAAAAAUCGGGGAAAUUUGAUUCGUUUUCAAUAGUUCUACAUUAUGAUGAAAUUUGAGUUGCAGUGUUGUUUUAUUUAGUAUGACUAUUGAAAGUGUUUACUUCAGUUACUUAUUUGGAUGUUUCAUUCUGCCUAGCUGAGUGACUUACUUGUAAGAAACACAACCCAAAAACCAGAGCUGGGGUCAAGUCUCAUUUUAUUAAACUGAAACACAUUGAGUCCAUGGAGACCGACUAAUCUUGAAAAUUCAGUUGGUGAUUCAUGAAAUUGUAGAUAUUGUAUGUACAUAUUUUGAAUCAUCAUCAUAACUGCUGUUUUUCUCUCUGUUAAAUUAUAAGCUGUCUUGAUCUGAAAUUGACUGUUUGACUUGUAAAUCUCUCUAAAUAUGUGAACAAUAAACUUUAAGUACUUUUACAGGUACCUAUUAUUUUCCAUUCAUUGUUGCUCAUAUUUCACUUCAAUUGGAAUUUAAAAAAAAAUUGUUUUUGGAAAUAAGAGGAAUGUAUUUUUUUUUCCCAUAGUUGAUAAAUAUUGCUCAAAAUCUGUAAACAUUGAUUAAAAUAAUUAGGUGUAAGAAACAAAUUUAGGUCAUUAGUGCUAAAAAAGCCACAACCUAGUAUGGUUUUUUUUGCAUUAAAACCUACUACAUAUAUUUAUUUGUUUUCUAAAUAUACUUAUAUCUACCUGUAUAAUUUUUUAUAAUGUACUGUUUGAAAUUAUUGUUUUGUAAUGAAUGGUGAAUGAUCUGAAUUUUUAGAUUUGUAUAUAGAUUUCCUGGCAGUGUUUACAAGUACUUACAUAUGUGUUCUGUGAUGUUUAAAACAUCACUUCUAUAUCCAAAGACAAUAGGAAAUGUGAUUUCUUUGUAAUUUUUUUAAUGAGAAUAUAGAAUGUUCUUGAUAAAAUAUUGUUGCCAAAGGGUUGUUUAUGUAAUAUGUACAUUAGUGUCUUUAUUAUAUAUAUACCACUUUACAAACUGAUGAUGCAUAUCAAAAAUAAAAUUCAUAAAAUCUGAAUACAAAAAUAUUAGCUACCGUACUUAUGUAAAUGAGUGUGACUUUCAUUCUUAGUCAGUUUGUAAGUAAUAUUAUUUUUAUCCUCAUUUUAAGAUGUGUAUAUGUGUAAAUAAUAUGUAUAUACGAAGAUAUUUUCAUGACGUAGUUAUGAGAAAGUAACAUGUGUAUUUUUAAUGGUUUUGUGUAAUGUGUAUAGUGACACUAAUCUGCAAAGAUAAAUGGUCUAGUGACAGAUUUCAUAGUACUGUAAGUCUGAAUAAUGAUGUUCUUAAAUUAAGAGCAUGUUGUAUCAUUAAGUAUGACAAAAUAAGCUAUGUGAAAUUGUAUGAAAGUUUUAGAUUGUUUUGAACAAAUACACAUAUUUUCUUGGAAAUAAA